CUCUAGCAGCAGCACGAUGAUGAGGAGGAGGAUAUCGAGCACUAGUUUUGCUGAUAGUUGUGGCAGCAGCGCCAGUACAUCAUUGCCUGCUGGAGGAAGUCGAAAACUUGUCCGCCGGCGGAAUCUGCCUCUGGUGGUGGCAGCAAAUUGAGUGGCAGUUUUUUUUUUCUCUCUCUCGCGAAAAAGCUCCCACGGAAAUGGAAAACGGAAAAUAAUUAAAAACUUUUCACCGCAUGUGGUGAUGGUGGUGGCUGGGGGAGUAGUGCAUGUGAGCUUUUUUUUAUCAGGGCUUAAAGCUACUGGGAAUUGAAAUUCCAAACGCAGUUAGAAAAAAAUAACAGAGUGGCAGCAUGUGUCCCGCGGCGGUUGUCCCAGCGCGAAGUUGGCCGGAACUGGACGGUGGAACCGGGUGCGAAAUAUCCUGCUUAAGUGAGUUAUAGUGAAUGGCUUAGUGUGAGACCAAAAUAAGCAAAGUUUAAAGUUGAAUUUUGAAAAAACAGUUUCGCGGAAAUCUUGGGAGACGGAGUCCAAGAGGGGUUCAAGUUGGGGUCGGGACGGAUGGGGUGCGAAGGUGGUGGCUGGCCGGUGAAAAUGUGGCAGCGGACCGGGUGGUGGUGUUGGCUCUGGUGGCGACAUCUGGUGAUAACGGGACUUGUGCUGCUGCUGUGCGGCGCGCAGACCGGAGGGGCCGUUAAGAGUGGACACUCGCGGGCGAUGGCAGCCGGUCGACUGGAGAACGUCACCCAAACUAUUUCUAGGAUAUUGGAAGGAUACGACAUCCGGUUGCGGCCAAACUUUGGCGGUGACCCACUAACUGUAGGGAUGGAUUUAACGAUAGCUAGUUUCGAUGCAAUUUCAGAAGUAAAUAUGGACUACACGAUAACAAUGUACCUAAAUCAGUACUGGAAGGACGAGCGAUUAGCGUUCAACGCCUACUCGAUUUGGGGCAACAACGCAGGGGCGUCCUCAUCCUCGUCGUCCUCAGGUGGUUCAGGGGCGUCGUCUCAGUACGACCAAAACGGGGACAUCAUGAUCGACGACGACGGCGCGAAUGAUGUGAUAACCCUGUCGGGGGACUUUGCCGAGAAGAUCUGGGUGCCGGACACGUUCUUCGCGAACGACAAAAACAGCUUCCUGCACGACGUCACCGAGCGGAACAAGCUGGUCCGGCUGGCGGGGGAUGGGGCGGUGACGUACGGGAUGCGGUUCACGACGACGCUGGCCUGCAUGAUGGACCUGCACUACUACCCGCUGGACUCGCAGAACUGCACCGUGGAGAUCGAGAGUUAUGGUUACACCGUGUCCGACGUGGUGAUGUACUGGCGCUCAACGCCGAUCCGGGGAGUGGAAGAGGCGGAACUGCCCCAGUUUACCAUCAUCGGGUACGAGACGAACGACAGGAAGGAAAAGCUCGCCACCGGCGUGUACCAGCGGUUAUCCCUUUCCUUCAAGCUCCAGCGAAACAUUGGCUAUUUCGUGUUCCAGACGUACCUCCCCAGCAUUCUGAUCGUGAUGCUUUCGUGGGUGUCGUUCUGGAUCAACCACGAGGCCACUUCGGCGAGGGUGGCCCUCGGAAUUACGACGGUGCUCACGAUGACCACGAUCAGCACCGGGGUGCGGAGUUCGCUUCCGAGGAUCAGCUACGUUAAGGCCAUCGACAUUUACCUCGUGAUGUGCUUCGUGUUUGUGUUUGCCGCGCUGCUGGAGUACGCGGCCGUGAAUUAUACCUACUGGGGAGCGCGGGCCAAGAAGAAGAGUAAAAAGAACAAGGAGCAGGAGAAGAAGGUUUCAAGAAAACAAGAAAACAGUGCCAACAGCGGCGGCGGCGGCGGCUGCUCCUCCGAGGACAUCAUCGAGCUGCAGGACGUCCGGAUGAGCCCGAUCGCGUCGCUGCGCAAUCGGCACUACUCCAACACAACCUCGUCGACGGGCAUCAGCGGCGGUCCGGACGCGAUCGACCUGGCCAAGUUCCCGCCCAGCUUCCGGAUUUCGCGCCAGUACGGUGGCGGCGGUGGCAGCACCCGGUCCAGCGGCCUCCGCUACCGGGCCAAUCGGGGUCACAACCGGCCCAAGAUGCUGCACGCGAUCCGGCGCGGCGCAUCCGUCAUCAAGGCGUCCAUCCCGAAGAUCAAGGACGUCAACGUGAUCGACAAGUACUCGCGGGUCAUCUUUCCGGUGAGCUUUGCGGCGUUCAACGCCGGCUACUGGAUCUUCUACGUUCUGGAGUGACCUACCGUGAACUAACCGAAUCCGUAAGCAAAGUCACGACCCGCCACGAGUCGAGUAGCGAAACCUGCAGUAGCGGUCUCGUAGUGCAACUCAGUAGAACGCCGAAGGUCGAAGCAGGCGACGACGACGACGAACACCCUGUAGAGAGAGAGUUAACAAAUCCCCUUCGCCGACGAGUUCUCGCGUGAAUUUUCUUACAAAAGCACAAAAAAUUGGAGAACCUUUUUCCCCCUCUUUUUGGCUGAUCCGGUUAGUUCCGAGAGUCCUGAAUCAAAAUCGAAACAAAAACGUGAUUGGUAGAGUAGGGUUGAGUGGAUUUCCGCGAACAUAACCUCACAAAAUUGUUAGGUUACGUUUGCGGAGGUUGCUCCGCAAAGCGGACGUCACAGUAGGCAUUGAAAAUAAACAUUAAAAAAGACACAAGCAAAAUCGAAUUGUAAAAACAAACAAACAACUAAAUAUCCGUCAAAAAUAAAUGGUAGUUGCGUUUUAGAGAAACCUUAGACUAUACAUAAACAAAGAAGAAAAUAUAAACUAAGCAACAUAACCUAGAAAGUAAAGCGAACGAAACGAAAUUUACCCCCGCAAAGCAAAACAAGCCCUGAAAAGUUGUUGAUUUUUUAGCGAAAUCGCAGAUGGCUGGUUGCUUGGAUGCAGUGCCAAAAAGUCUAGGGAUGAAGAUAAGGGUGAUAGGAACGCGCGAGGAGGGGCAACAAAAAAAUGUCGAUUUCAGUAUUAGAAACAUAACAUAAAUCAUAACCAGUAAAAAAAUUGUGAUGGGAAAAAACAGUGAGAAAAUUAUUAGACAAAAAAACAUAUUAUUGCACGAUAC